AUGGCUGGCCCUAAUCCGAAUUUGCUCCUUGAUCCGGGUUUGCAGAAAUAUUACGAACUGAACAUCAACCGAUACAAAUACUUCCGAUGGACUCCACGAACGGCAUGGAUCUCUUUCUGCUAUAUGGCUCUCGUGCCUGGUAUUUUGGCUUACAUCGGGUGCAAAACUGAUGGCAAGUUUGAAUUUAGAGGGAAGAGGCGAGGGGACACAAUCGUGGAGUGGUAG